AUGCUCCAGGUGCAGCUCAACGCCUGGCUCAUCCUGUGCACGUGUGCUGGAUUCCCGAGGCCGACAGAUGAGCAUCUUUACAGCCGGGACGGUGCCGGGGCGAGCGUGCAUCAUCGCCGGCCGGAGGACGCCGCCGUGCUCUUAGAGAUGCUCUGGGCAGGGCUGGAGAUUGAGGCUAACAGGACGAGGCCAGCAGUCCAGCUACGGGAUGAAGAGCUGGCCUCCCUGCGCCCAGCACGGCGGUUCCUCCAGGUGUUUGAGAAUGAAGUUCCCAAAACACCGGCAGAGAUUGAGCAGCAGCUGCACUAUUAUUCACUGACUGAUACGCCUUUGCCCAUUGUGGAGUUUGACCGUCUCCUUUUCACCAGUGUUUACUGCGCCUAUCAGAUUCGUUCCAUUCAGGGUCUGGAUAAAAAUCUCUGGAUCAGCCUUUUUUCACAGCUGGUUGAUGAAAUCUUUCGUGAUCUCUGCAAGGGAGUUUGCCCAGCAAAUUCCACUCUCCUCCUGGCUUCCUGGCCUUGGAAGGAGAAGCCACCACAUUUAGCAUUGCUAAAGCAGUUCUACCCUUCCAACCUGGCAAGGACCAAGAGAGACACUUAGUAAGAGGAACUGCCCUCACAAAGGACACGUGAGUUCAGCUGCAUGCUCUGCUGUUCUCAGUGCUGGCAGUCAUUGCA